GGAACGGGGUGGGGGAUGGGCAGCGAUCAGCCCAGCGCCGCCUUCCCGCAGCUCGCGGUCCUCCCCGCGCGGAUCUGGCCUGAGGUCAGGGGCGGGGUCCGCCCGACGCCCUGCCCCGCGGGCGGGCUCAGGCCUUGGCCCCCAAACCGCUGCCGCGGGGCCAAUCCGGCCCUUGGGGCGCACCGGGAGGCCUUUCCGGGCCCGCGGCUUCCUCCAGCCCGCCCCGCCCCCCAGACUCCCGGGGCCGCCCCCGACCCCAGUCGGCCGGCCUCGCGCGGUGGCAGCGCUCCGCUGCGUCCCUGCUCCCGGGAGGCGGCGCGGCGCGGCGCGGCAGGAGCAGCCUUCCACCACGGAGAGCCCAGCCGUCAACGGCCUCACAGGAGGAUGCUGUGUCCAGGCAGCAUGGGUGUGGGUAUGGGUGUGCGUGUGGCCAUCGCCCUGGGAGCACUGUGGUUCUGCCUCACAGGUGCCCUGGAGGUCCAGGUCCCCGAAACCCCAGUCGUGGCCCUGGUGGGCACCGAUGCCACCUUGCACUGCUCCUUCUCGCCCGAGCCCGACUUCAGCCUGGCACAGCUCAACCUCAUCUGGCAGCUGACAGACACCAAACAGCUGGUGCACAGCUUUGCCGAGGGCCGGGACCAGGGCAGCGCCUAUGCCAACCGCACAGCGCUCUUCACCAACCUGCUGGCACAGGGCAACGCGUCCCUGAGGCUGCAACACGUGCGCGUGGCUGAUGAGGGCAGCUUCACCUGCUUUGUGAGCAUCCGGGACUUUGGCAGCGCCGCAGUCAGCCUGCAGGUAGCAGCCCCGUACUCGAAGCCCAGCAUGACCCUGGAGCCCAGCAAGGACCUGCGGCCGGGGGACACAGUGACCAUCACUUGUUCCAGCCACCGGGGCUACCCUGAGGCCGAGGUGUCCUGGCAGGACGGGCAGGGAGCUCCCUUGACGGGCAACGUGACCACGUCGCAAAUGGCCAACGAGCAGGGCUUGUUUGACGUGCGCAGUGUCUUGAGGGUGGUGCUGGGAGCUAAUGGCACGUACAGCUGCCUGGUGCGCAACCCCGUGCUGCAGCAGGACGCUCACGGCUCGGUCACCGUCUCAUCCCAUAGAAGCCCCACAGGAGCUGUGGAGGUCCAGGUCCCCGAAGACCCGGUGGUGGCUCUGGUGGGCACCGACGCCACCUUGCGCUGCUCCUUCUCGCCCGAGCCCGACUUCAGCCUGGCACAGCUCAACCUCAUCUGGCAGCUGACAGACACCAAACAGCUGGUGCACAGCUUUGCCGAGGGCCGGGACCAGGGCAGCGCCUAUGCCAACCGCACAGCGCUCUUCACCGACCUGCUGGCACAGGGCAACGCGUCCCUGAGGCUGCAGCGCGUGCGCGUGGCUGAUGAGGGCAGCUUCACCUGCUUUGUGAGCAUCCGGGACUUUGGCAGCGCCGCAGUCAGCCUGCAGGUAGCAGCCCCGUACUCGAAGCCCAGCAUGACCCUGGAGCCCAGCAAGGACCUGCGGCCGGGGGACACAGUGACCAUCACUUGUUCCAGCCACCGGGGCUACCCUGAGGCCGAGGUGUCCUGGCAGGACGGGCAGGGAGCUCCCUUGACGGGCAACGUGACCACGUCGCAGAUGGCCAACGAGCAGGGCUUGUUUGACGUGCGCAGUGUCUUGAGGGUGGUGCUGGGAGCUAAUGGCACGUACAGCUGCCUGGUGCGCAACCCCGUGCUGCAGCAGGACGCUCACGGCUCGGUCACCAUCACAGGGCAGCCCAUGACAUUCCCCCCUGAGGCCCUGUGGGUGACUGUGGGGCUCUCCGUCUGUCUUGUUGCACUGCUGGUGGCCCUGGCCUUCGUGUGCUGGAGAAAGAUCAAGCAGAGCUGUGAGGAGGAGAAUGCAGGAGCUGACGACCAGGAUGGGGAUGGAGAAGGAUCCAAAACAGCCCUGCGGCCUCUGAAACACUCUGAAAGCAAAGAAGAUGAUGGACAAGAAAUAGCCUGACCAUGAGGACCAGAGAGCUGCUGCCCCUGCCCUGGGCUCCCCAUCUGGCUGCACUGGGGCCCCAGGGUGAGCCCUGGGCUGGGCCUUCCCUGCCCCCAACAAAUGGCUCCCACUCUGGUGGGCCAAUUCAUUUUCCAAAGGACAUGAUACAGAGACUGCCCUGCAGCCUUAUUUCUCCAGUGGAUAUGAUUUCAAGUCAUUCUGCGGCCUUAUUUCUCCAGUGACACAAGACAUAAAUCAACCUGCUGUCUUAUUUCUUAUGGACACAAUACACAGACCACCCCACCGCCUUAUUUCUCCAGUGGAUAUGGACUCUAUGGACCAUCUGGCUGCCUUUUUUCUCCAGGGACACAAUAUUCAGGCUGACCCUCUGCCUUAUUUCUCCAAAGACAUGAUACACAGUCACCCUUUGCCCUGUUUCUUCGAUGGACCUGAUACACCAGUUACCGUUUCUCCGCCACUUCUCCCACCUGUCUGUAAUCCCGUUUCUUCAGACAGGGACACUGUAGCCUCGGCAUCUCACUGAAUCUAGAAGCAUCUCCCCCCGCCUCCCCCUGUUCUGGCCCCAGCGUCGGCCUUUUCCCUCUCCAACUAAGUGAAGAUAGAGCCCCUCCCCCAGGCACGCAGAGACACAUGGGAGCAUGUGCUGGAACACGUGCUGGAAUGUGUACACACCUCCCCUGGCCCAGUCUCUUCCCUGGUGCACUGGGCUGUGCCCUGUGAGGACCCCCUGCCCCCCAUCCUCCCCCCAUGGGAAGCAUGUGCCGGUCACACUGGGUCUCUGGGCAUGUGUGUGGGCCUGCGGGAGUCAGCUUCUCUCCCUCUGCCUCUCCUUCCGUUCCUUUUGUUUAUCUGUUCCCCUAAUGUUCACUGAGCAUCCCUGGGGUGUCAGCACUGUCUCAGGCGCUGGAGACCCAGUGUGAGAAGAUCGCCCGUCCCUCCAUGAGCUCGCCCUUCAGCAGUGGAAAUAUUGAGGAAACACAAAUGUCCGCCACGGCCUGUGGUUCGUGGAGGGGCAUCUGCCUUGCUCCUUACUGUACCCCUCUUCUGUGCCCACAGCUCCCUGGAUAGCUCACCCCCAUCCCAUCUCUAAUCCUUGCCCAGAGUGGGGGUCGGGGGCAGAAACCCGGAGUAGGGAUGGGGCCUCUCACCACAGUUGGAGAAUCUGAUGGUUUCCAAAGUGUCUUUCUAGGUGUCAGCAGGUGGCCAGAUGUCCAAGGCCCUCCAGACCCUGAAGAGCACAGCAGAGGUGCAGCAGGGCCUCAGGGACACCUCGUGCCCCUACUGUGGUGCUAUUCUGGGGCCAGGGCAGAUGCCUCCUGGCCUGUCUCUUGCCAGCCCCCUGCCUCUGGUAAACUUCUGAUAUUCUAAUCUCCACCCACUGACAUCUCUUCCCCAGGAAUGAAAGCGGUGGAGAUUUUUAAUUUAAAUGUGGUACUUCAAAAAAUUUUGUUAACUGGGAGCAUAUUUUGGGAAAAAUAAAUGGCUUUGUAGAAA